UGGGGGAGCGGCUUCCGGAUUGAGGGUAUUGGGUGGACCGGGAGAUCUCUGCGCGCAAUUGGGGGUUUUUUUUUGCGUUAUCUGUGCUCAAGCAUCAAAGUUCCAUAGACCAGAAUGUCAAACAAUCUGAAGAUGUUAUCAGAGGACGGCCAGCUGGCUGGCGAGCUGGCUGGCGCUGGUGCGCGCCUGGUGGUGGCUGACUUUACUGCCUCCUGGUGUGGUCCAUGCCAGCGCAUAGCGCCAGUCUUCCUGGAGUACGCCAAACGCUAUCCGAAGGCGCUGUUUUUAAAAAUUGACGUGGACGAGUGCCCCGACACAGCAGCGGCUCAGGGCGUGCGUGCCAUGCCGACCUUCAUAUUCUACCGCAACAAGAACAAGAUUGAUACCAUGCAGGGCGCUGACCAGCGGGCGCUGGAGGACAAGAUCAAGCAGCACUACGGCAGCGGCGACGGCGACGAGGCGGCCGAGGACUGUGGCGUGGCCGGCCACAUUGACCUUGCCUCCUACAUCCACCAGUCCAGCUGCGAGUGCCUGAACGAGUCCGACGAUCACCCGUUCGCGGGCGCGCUCAAGGCCGGCGCCGGCUACCUGGAGUCCGACUGCGACGAGCAGCUCAUCCUGUCGCUGUCGUUCUCGCAGGCGGUAAAGAUCCACUCGCUGCGGUUGAACGCUCCGGCCGAGACGGGGCCGCGCUCCGUCAAGCUGUUCAUCAACCAGCCCAACACGCUCGACUUCGACAAGGCCGAGUCGAUGACGGCCGUGCAGGAGCUGGAGCUGAGCAAGGAGGACCUGGCCGACGGCAUCGUGCCGCUGCGCUACGUCAAGUUCCAGAACGUCACCAACCUGCAGCUGUUCUUCCGCGACAACCAGAGUGGUGCCGAUACGACGCGGAUUGACCACAUCGCGGUGCUCGGCAGUCUGAUCGGCACCACCAACAUGCAGGACUUCAAGCGGGUAGCCGGCAAAAAGGGCGAGGCGCACUGGUGACCGCGGGCCCGGCGACGCUGGGUCCGGGACGGGACUGUAUCCAAUUGGCGAGCGACGCGUGGCGCCGAACGGCACGGAUAAGAAGUCCCGAUCUGGUCGAUUCCAGCCAGCGGUGGCGGCGCUCAGACCGCAGACCAUUGAACAGCACGACACCUGAUCGGUCAGAGGGCCCUGCGGGCUCGCACGUACAGGUGACACCUCGUGCUGCCCCGUGCGCUAUUACUUGAGGUGGCUUCUUUGCGUGUAGUCUUUUUUGCUGUGACGUAUGCAUCGCCGCGCAAAUCAAUACCGUGGGAAGAGCUGGCACGAUAAUGGCCGAUGUGUGCAUGACAUGGCGAAGAUGUUAGCAUCCAGAAGCAUUAAUGUGCCGACGGCGACAGCAAAGAACUGUGUUAGUUCCAAGAUCAUUCGAAAUUGUUGAAUCGGUUAAGCUAAACUGAGAUAUCGUGUUUUCCCGUUCAGCUUUUUGAACGCAGGUUUUUGCGAGCCUGUUUCCUGUUUGGUUUGCAUGGUGAAAAUAUACAGUCAUCAGUGAG